AUGGAGUUCUCCGAAGAUGACUUCACUCGGCUAUUGGUCAUGGAGCAGGCGCGAAAGACCGCUGAAGCUAACUACGCCAAGAACCCUCUGGACUCCGACAACUUAACGAAGUGGGGAGGAGCGCUGCUGCAAUUAUGCCAAUUGGAGAGAGGUCCCGAAGCAAUGUCUCGGAUGAUAAAUGAGGCUGUAUCUAAGUUUGAGGAGGCUCUGGGUAUAAACCCUUCAAAGCAUGAAGCUUUGUGGGGGAUGGGGAAUGCGGAGACUAAUCUCGCAUUCCUGACUCCUGAUCCGGAUCAGGCAGACGGACACUUUUCAGCAGCCGCUCAGCUUUAUCAACGAGCUCUGGAAGAGGCUCCGAAUAAUCUGAUAUAUCAGCAGUCUUUGAUGGAGGUUUCUAAGGCACCAGAGAUACACAGGCAGGCCUUUGCUGGUGGUCACCCGGCUCUGGGCGAUGCCUCUGUUGCUUCUUCAACAUCCAAGGGUUCCAGGAACAAAAAGGGAAGUAAGACCAAGGAUCUCAUAUACGACGCUUGUGGGUGGAUCAUACUUGUUGCGGGAGUUGCCACUGUUUUAGCAAUGUCCGCAAGGUCCCGAAGCCAGCUUCCACCUCCUCCGCCUCCUUUCUAA